CGGACCGAGCGAGGGGAAGGGAUCGUGAGGGAGCGGGGCCGAUGGGGUUUCCCCCAUCGCUCGACAAAGAAACUCUCACGGGGCUUGUCCACUAGAGAAGAAAAGACAGGGCCUUCGCUGCUUUUUGAACCGCCCAAGACACCGCACGGGAAUGAAUGGGCCGAAACUGACAACGAUAAAAACCUACCACGACUCCAGCAACGAAAACUCGUGCUCGUCCGUUUCGCCGUCGGUCAAAUAUCCUCGCGCGGGUUCCGAAACCAACGGCGGUGAUGCUCCGUCCCUGUGGGCCCCGCCCUCUCCCAGCCCCCGACCCCUCGUGAAGCGCCAACGUCGGCGCACGCGCUUGAUCCUCGGCGGCCCCCCGUUCACGUACCCCUCACGUGGUCCCCGCCUUCGUUCGCCGGCGCCUUUCGCCGCCUCUUUACUUGCCCCACCUGCCGCCGUCAAACCCUAACGCUAUCGACGUCGACUACAUAAUAGUCCAGCGCGCGCGAGAGAGAAGGGAAUCGGGGUUUGGGAUCGGGAAGAUGGAAGGGAGGGAAGCGGCGCCGACGAGGCCACCGAACCUGGCGGUGCUAUACCGAGAGGACUGCUGGAGCGAGGGGGAGACGUCGGCGCUGGUAGACGCCUGGGGCGACCGCUACAUCGAACUCAACCGCGGGAACCUCAGGCAGAAGCACUGGCAGGAGGUCGCCGACGCCGUCAACUCCCGCCGCGGCGCCGGACGCCGCCCGCCCCGCACCGACAUCCAGUGCAAAAACCGCAUCGACACCCUCAAGAAGAAGCACAAGGUCGAGAAGGCCCGGAUCGCCGCCCGCGCCGAGAGCCAGUGGCCCUUCUUCUCCCGCCUCGACGCCCUCGUGGGAUCCUCCCCGGCCCCGGCCCCGGCCGCUCCGAAGAAGCCCUCCGCCUCGCUGUCUCUCGCCCUGCCGCUCCCUUUCCACCGCAAGGGCUCAUCCUUGUCCGCCGCCACCGCCGUGGGCCCGGCGGAGCCGAGGAAGAAGCAGUCUACCGCCGCCGCCACGUCGUUCCCGGUGGAUAGCCCGUUCUUCAGGCGUGCGGCCGCGGCGAAGGACAACGAGGAGGGGUCGGGAUCGCUGUCGAGAUCGUCGUCGAGAUCGUCGUCGAGAUCAGAAACGGGGUGGAAGAGGGGGAGGGAAGGGGAGGGCAACGGGAUCCGGGAACUGGCUAGGGCGAUCGUGAGGUUUGCGGAGAUCUAUGAGAGGGUGGAGGAAGCAAAGCAGAGACAGAUGAUGGAGCUGGAGGAGCAGCGGAUGGAGUUUGUUAAGGCGCUGGAGUUACAGAAGAUGGAGAUCAUAGUGGAUUCGCAAGUGCAGCUUGCAAAGAUCAAGCGUUCCAGGCAAUCACAUACUGUUGUGCCUACUUAUGCAACUUGGGGCUCUUGAAAAUGGAUAAUGCGUGUGAAAACCAGCUGCCUACUUUCUAGGAUGACAAUAGGGGAGCAGCUUGAACUUGAAUGUAAUGAGGGAUCUUUUUUUUAAGCUGUGCAACUACAAGAAUAAAGAUAGAAGAAUCUUUUCUGGACUCGGUACGAGUAAAUUUGGUUGAUCUGAAGACAAACCGGACCCAGUUUGAAUUCUAAUGAGUCUUUUGUUCCCUCAUCAUCUGCCUAAUCUGAAUUUACGGCUUAAUUCUUCAAGUCUUUUAUUGCACCAAUUCUCUUCGGUAAUGUGUCGUCAACUCAUUCUCAAAAUUGAUGGCUUUGCUUUUUUAGUAUAGGUUAUUUCGAUUUAUUUCUUGCCAUAUCUAGAAGGCAUCUGUGGCCUUCCAAUGAUCCAAUCCCUUUUGCUAAUAGAUCUUAUUUUCCCGAAAUUUAAGUAGAAUGGAGGUUACAUUUAUAAUUGAAUCUGAACUUUUGAAGGAACUUUAAGUCUAAGCUGGUUUCCACGUGACUUCUCAUGUGUUCUUCUUCUAUACGAGGAACACAAGUACAUGAAGAGUGAGCUAAAAAAACAGAUGUCUGAUAUCUUGUCACAUUCUUUCUUAAUCAAGCUGAAGGAAAACAAUUUAGUUCUCUUGUCACACAUCUUUGUUGCUGACUGUCAUUCUGUUCCUUUGGCAUAUUUGUGUGGCUUGCUUAUGGCAUUCCAUCAUCAUUGCAUAUUACAUGCAAGCUUUCACAAUAGUAAUUCAUAUCAUUAUUUUGCUCCUUAAUGUACUGCAGAUCCCUAAUCUAAUAUUUCCUUUUGCUGUUGGAUAAGUUCAUGACGUAUUUGUUGUCUAAAUAAAUCAUGUUCCAGAACUGCCGUGAUUCUUUCUGAGUUUGACCGUGAAUGUUUCUUUUG